CAAGUGUCAAAGUAAAACACGGGAGGGAUGUUAAAAUAAAAAAAACAUGAUAAAACUAUCAGAAGUUGUAUAAUUUCUAAUUAAUUAUGUUGUUGGUAUAUGUCAUAUUAUUACAUGAGAUAUAUGUAUUACGUUACACAUGACAUAAUGAUGAUCCGCAUGGAAUUAUAAACACCUAAAAGUGAGGUUAUAAUUUACGAAUUAAUUUCACGUUGACAUAUAAUAGAAAACGAAUAAAAUGUUUCCAUUUCUUCGCUCACGUGUGCUUGCAACUAAAAUUAAGAAGUCGCUUUACAUGGAGAUAUUUAAGAGACACUGCGUGAAAUAUGUACAAGGGCAGUCGCCAGAACCUCGGGUUCGAGAGUAUUUUUAUUACAUCGAUCAUCAAGGCAUGUUAUUCCUGGAUGAUGCACGCAUGAAAAACUUCACAUCAUGCUUCAAAGAUAAAAAGUUUUUGGCAUUCUUUUUCAAGCGCUUGAAGAAAAAUAACACAGGCAGAUACAGUGAGGAUUUCCCUUAUGUUUCUUUUUGUGGCCCAGAGAGAAAUUUUGUCAGAUGUGAUGAUCUGCCAAUUGUUUUCACAAAAGUUAUUCAGAAAAAAAAUAGUGAAACAGGCAAAAAUGAAGACUGGUUUGGUUAUGCACAUGCAGAGGAAUUAUUGAUGGUGCCAUUUGAACCAGUGAAAUUAUACAUGAAUAUCCAAUCAGGAAGAGUAUAUCACCCUGCACCAGAAAGAACAGGAGGAAUUGGUCUAGUGAGAUCAAAGAUUGCAAUUGAACUGAGUACAUUAUUUAAUUUUGAAAAGGGAGAAGAAAAUGGUCCAACUCAUAUUUUUUGGAAUGAUAAAAAAUAUGCUCUUAACACAGAGUGGUGUAAGGACAAAGUGCUAUAA